AUGCCUCUCAAAGUCGCUGUCAUCGGUGCUGGGCCCGCAGGUCUGGCGACAGCCAGAUAUCUGAAAUGGGCGCACUUGUUCUUUGCGAUUGAACCUAUCCAGAUCCGGGUCUUUGAGGCCGAGGAUGACAUUGGAGGGACGUUCAAGUAUCGAGUGUACGAGGAUGCUGAACUCGUCUCGUCCAAAUACCUGACCGCCUUCUCCGAUCACCGCCUGCCCCGAGAUGCCGCUGAUUAUGUCACCCCGGCUGUCUAUGUGCAGUACCUCAACGAAUAUUGUGAUCGCUUCGAGCUUCGUCCUCACAUUGAGUGCUCAUCCAAAGUCACUCGCACCCAACGCGUAGAUGGCGGAGGGCACAUUGUCACCGUAACUCGCAAGGAUGGCACAAACUUCGACUACGCCUGCGAUGCCGUUGCCGUCUGCUCCGGGCUCAAUCUCGAACCUCGCAUUCCUCCUAUUCCAGGGCUUGAGAGAGUUCCAAAAGUGCUCCACUCAUCGCAAUUCAAGACCAGAGAUCAACUCCGAGACAUCAAGAGCGACAAGCCCACCGUUGUCAUCGUUGGCACAGGGGAGACUGGCCAGGAUCUCGGUCAGCUCGCGGCGACGACAGAAACUGUCAAGCACGUUGUCAUGUGCCAUAGAGAUGGGUUUGUCGUCGCGCCCAAGACCGCACCAACACCAAUCAUGUUUGGUUUCUGGGGCAGAAAUAGCAAAGUAAACGAUAAGCCCGUCGAUUGUUCUAUCGCUAGUCUCUUCGACACUGCCUACGUUCCCCCGAAGUUGCAGUCAAGCCAACUGCUAUGGGAUUUCUACAACCAACAGAUCGAUGUAACCUUCUCGCUCAUUGGUGGAACGCUUGUUGGCUGGGACCAACACGUCGGCGGAAUGCGUCGGGAGAGGAUGCACAUUGAUCACUUCUUCCCGGCCAAGUCCACCCGUGCUGUGCCUUACAUCUCCGCGCCUUGGCGUCCGCCUAUUUCGGUCAUGGAGAGGAUUCGCCGAUUCUUCUUCUACAUCAAAGAGCUCGACGUCGACACCAAGGGUCGGUACAUUGAUGUUGCUCCCUGGCCCGAGUACGUUGAUGAGGAUGGCGUGUUGCACUUCCGCGAGACUGGCAGGCCAGAGUCGGAGAAGAUGAAGCAAAUGGUUGUGAAACCCGAUAUUAUACUAUUUGCAACUGGCUAUACCCGUCGCUUCCCAUUCCUUGACGAGAGUUAUGGCACGCCCGACACGGCCGAUGUGCGAGCCAUCUAUCACAGCAACGACGUAUCAGUGGGUUUCCUUGGCUUUGUGCGGCCUAAUUUGGGUGCAAUCCCUACACUCGCCGAGAUGCAAACCCAAUUCUGGAUCCUUCAACUUCUCCGAUCAAAGUACCCCAACGUACCUGGCCUAGCACCGUCACCGACAGGCCUUCCAUUGGACCCGAACGCCCUCCCCGGCUACGAUAUCGACUGGAAGCUCCACCCCCGAUGCGGCCGAGACCCGUGGGCCGAAAAGCGCGGCGUCGACCACGAGAGCUACGUCUACCAGCUGGCCCUCGACAUCGGCUCGGCACCGCGCUUCAGCUACGUCUUCUCCAAAGGCUUCAAAGCCUUCUAUACCUGGGCCAUGGGCAGCAACUUCAAUGCAAAGUUCCGCCUGGUGGGCCCUUGGAAGAAUGAGGAGGAGUCGUUGCGCAUCAUGCGCGGCGAACUGUUCGAUAUCGUCAAGCGGUCCGGCGGGAUUAUGUACAUGACUGCCAAUUCCCUGAUACCCUUUUUCAUGUUCGGUACGAUGAGCAUGGCUAUUCAUACGUGGGAGUGGACCAAGAGCCUGUUCCGCCCGUGGACGCGGAAAGGGGGCCAGAUUCGUCUUCCCGAGUGUUGA